AUGCUGCGCGACUUACUCUCCAGACGGCAAAUACAUUCCAUUUUUGGCCAAGAAGACAGCACCAUCCGAUUCGUCAAUGGGUCUAACGGUGCUCCCGUUCUCACCCCAUUGAAGGACCAUACUGCCUAUGUUACAUCGCUGGUCUUCACCCGCAGCAGCAAACACCUUUUUUUAGGCUCAAGUGAUGGCGCCACCCGGACCCGGAACGUAUCUGACGGAACACCGGCGACGAAACCAUUGGAAGGCCCACACUGCCCCGUGAACUCGGUGGCAAUCUCGCCCGAUGGCGCUACACUCGGUGACCUACUCGAACGAUGGAACUCGCGUCAUCUCUGGAUCCUCUAUCACACUGUUCGUGUCUGGAACUUCAGCAAAGGUCUGAUACUUCCUCGCUGGUUUGAAGAUCAGAUGUCGGACAUGCAGACGGCUAUAUUCUCAGCGGGACCAAAGCAUUUGGAUAUGGGAAUCCCAGCAAGGAUCGCUUACUUCCAAGAUAAUGCGAGUGCAGACCCCACUCAAAAUGUCAAUCAACGUUAUCCCAUCAUUGAACACGGCUGUGCUGAGUACCGAGGAUGCCAGCGCCGUUGUCGGGCCGUUCAAGGGCAUCCAGACAUGGUCACUACCGCGAGCUUCUCUCAUGAUGAUACACGCCUCGCAACGGCCUCCAAGGAUCGUACCGUCCGGGUCUGCAGUAUCGAAUCCGGCGAGCUCGCCUCGGGCCCGUUUACAGGCUGUACCGACAAGAUUAAUUCAGUGACAUUCUCACUUGAUGAGAGCCCGAGUUAUGUAUUCGAGUGUGGAACCUAG